UGUUAGACGCCAACCUGUUAAUCCCAUUAAUUUAUAAAUAAAUACUUAAUAUGCUGAAAAGUAGUAAUUUAAAUAGCGUUAUUAACGAACUUGGCCCAGAGGCUUCCGCCGAAAAAAACGUACUGCAAAGUGGAGCAAAUGAAAGCAACAACAACACAGAGCACGCUUUGUCCACCGACGCUGCUGGGAACAGUCUAGCUGCCUUACAAUUGUCAACUGGAAUGUUGCAAAUUGCUGAGCCGCCGUUGGUUAAGGCGCGGGCCCAACUCAAGGAGUUAAUUUUUAAGCAAAAUAAGAUCUAUAUUGACUUGUCGAAGGAGAAAUACAAGCUGGAUUGCACUGAAGUUGCCAAGUUGAACGAAAUGAUGAACGAUGUGAAGAUCUACAAGGAGAAGCUAAUUAGAAUCAGAAAGGAAAUGCAAAACAUUUAUCAACGCACAAAGGUUUUAAAGAAACGGGCUGCUAACGUGGCCACAACCAAGCAACGCGAGUAUCAGCGCAAACUUGAGAAGCAACAGCACGAGGAGUCGCUUAUCGCCAGCCAGACCCACUAGACGCUCGAGGCGUACCGGGUAGAUAUUUAAACACAUAGCUAUUUAAGUUUAAAAAAAUAUAUAAGUAUGUUAUUCAAGUUUAAGAAGCGCAUAUGCAUUUGUAAUUACUCGACUAAAGUACUUUGGUAACAGGCAUUAAACGCAUUAUUCUAAAACUACAUAAAACUAAA